UACCGUGGAAACCGCGGCCAUGGCUGCACCGCGGCAAGUCCCCAGCCACACAGUGCCCCGUAAGCCCAGCUGCUCUACAAACUCGUCGUUCACCCGGACGCCGGUGUCCACUGUGUCUCUCGGUUCCCGCGAGCUGCCUGUCUCGCCGUGGCAGGUCGCCGAGCCGUCGAGCAAGAAUCUGUGGGAGCAAAUCUGCGACGAGUAUGAAGCUGAGCAGCCUCCCUUUCCGGAAGGAUAUAAAGUCAAACAGGAACCUGUGAUUACUGCAGUUUCAUUGGUUUACAGAAGAGUUCCUGGAGAGGAGGGCGAGCUGGAGAUCCAACUGGUUGCGCCAGUGGAGGAAAUGCUUUUUCAUGGCUUCAGUGCAGAGCACUAUUUUCCGGUUUCCCAUUUCACCAUGAUCUCACAUACACCCUGUCCUCAAGAUAAAUCGGAAACAGUCAACCCAAAAACAUGUUCUCCCAAAGAAUAUUUGGAAACUUUCAUCUUUCCUGUUCUGCUUCCCGGAAUGGCUAGCCUGCUUCACCAAGCGAAGAAGGAAAAAUGUUUUGAGAGGAAAAGAACCAAAUUCAUUGCCUGUGAUUUUCUGACCGAGUGGUUAUACAACCAAAAUCCAAAGAGGGCAGGGGAGCCAUUCACAGAAUUUUUCUCCAUUCCAUUUGUGGAGGAGUGGCUAAAGCAACACCCACGGCCGCCAAUCCCACUCUCCCUCCUGCUGACAGAAGAGGAAGCGGCCCUCUACAUUCAAUCCUUCUGGAGAGCCUAUUUGCUUCCUGUUCCUCCUUUCCAGAGAGGGGCGUCUCCUGCUGCAGCUGUUCCAGGAAGAGGGGUGGGAGUGCAUUUCCUCCCUUUGUGUGCGCUCAUUAGCCCUGUCUCUGGCUUUCCUCUGGGGACAGCCAGCCAACCAGGAUGCCAGCUGGUCUUGAGCAUCCCUAUGGAGAAACUUACAUGACAAGAAACUGAGGCCUCCAGCCAACAGCCAUUGGAGAGAGCCAUUGUGGAAGAGGAUCCUCCAGCCCAGUUGAGCCUUCAGAUGAUGGCAGGCCCAGCUGACAUCCUAACAGCAGCCUUGACCCUAAGCCAGAAUCCCCCAGCUGAGCUGUUCCUAUGUUCCUAAUCCUCAGAAAUUGUGUUGUUUCUGAAAGCUGCCGCACCUGGGGGAUGUUUGUUAUGCAGCAAUGGAGACCAAUACAAUAACUCAGGCUGCUGCAAAGAGAACAGAUUGUAAGAGGAUAAAAGUAGAAGCAGGAAAACUUGUAGUAUUUGUUUGCAUCCUUGCUACUCAAAUUAUGGUCCAAGAACCAGUGCUAUUAUCAUCAUCAACUGGCAUCUGGUUGGCAUGCAGAAUCUCAGGCCCCACCCAGACCUCCUGAAUCAAAAUCUGCAUCUUUACAUGGUUCCCAAGAGAGUCUUUGUAUGCUGAAGUUUGAGAAGCAGUCUAUGGAUGACAGCCUAGUAGGGUGCCAUGAUCUGGGUUUUAAUCCUGGCUUGCCAACAAUGUGACCUUCAGUAAAUUACUUAAUUUUCCUAAGCCUCAGUUUCCUUUCUUAUAAAAUGGGGAUAAUAAUAUUGCUGCUGUCAUAGGGUCAUAUGUGAGGGCAUAAAUGAAAUGGUGCAGGUAGCACAGUGCUUGGCACAUGGUUAAGGGCUCAUAAGUAUUACCUCUGUAUUGACUGAGUCUGAUCCAUGCAUUUGCUCCCUGAGAAUAUAUUCCUGAUCAUUUCCUGAUGAUGAUCCUUAAAUGAGUAUUUUUUUUAAUUCCCUGUCAAAGAAAAUCCUGUUUUGCUUUUUUUUUUAAAAAACAAAACAAAACAAAACAUCCUUGAGCUCAUCAAGAAAACUUUUGUCUGUGCCCAGCAUGAUUCCAGCCAUACCCCAGAAUGAAGGCGCCUGGUUUCCAUGGUCCAUUUCCAGGCCCAGUUCUCAGGGCAAUUUUCAGGGCCACCCAGCAGGCCAAAAUAGGCCACGGCACUAUAAAUAGUGGAUUUGGGCUGCUUUGGGCCUGACUUCUCAGGUCAAGCCUUUCCCUUCCCCCUGCCUGCUCCUGUAGUUGUUUAAAUAUACUCUGGGUUAGAGCUGCUAGUGCAUUUUCCUUAAUAUGCCCAGGAAAUGUCUUGCCAACUUGCCAGGCUAUCAGCAAAAUCUCCUUUUUCUCAGUCACAAUGUACCACAAGUAUGUGACGAAAACUGAUAAACCACACUCCAGGUUUCACUCAAGGGUUCACACAGGUUUCACUGCAGUGAACUGGCUCUAGGGCUCAGGGAUUUGAGAAGCCUGAGUGCCACCCUGCCUCUCUUGCCAUGUGAGCUUGUAUGCGUAUUUCACGUCUCGGAGCCUCAUUUUCCUUAUCUGUAACGUGAGGCUGAUAAUAAUAAGGAAUUCUAGUUCCUCGGGUGGUUGGGUGGAAUAAAUGAGAAACCUGCAUAUUAGCAGGACUGGUUAUAUAUUAAUUUGCGGGGCUCAGAGGAAAAUGAAAAUGCAGGGCUCCUUGUUCAAAGUGAUUAAGAAUUUCUAGAUAGUGUCAGCAGAGCAUAAAAUAAGUGUGAGGCCCUUGUAAGCGUGAGUCCUGUGCAGUUGCACAGGGCAGUGCCCAUGAAUCCAGGCCUGCAUGUGAGCCACCUAGUACCCUGCCUGACAUUAGCACCAGCCAAAUCUCCAACUUUCCUAGGGUACCUUUUUUUUUUUUUUUUUUUUUAGACGGAGUUUUCACUCU